AAACAAUAUAACUUUCAUGUGACAUCAUGUGUGUUUUUUCAUCACAGCACUGAGGACUUAUACCAUGGCUGGCAAGAUGGCAGGGGGUGUCCUCUCUCCUUUGGAUAAUCUGUGUGGAGUGGACUGUGCCAAUGUCCAUCCCCUGUUUUGUCACCUGUGCCAUGAGCAGUACCAGCACCCAUGCCUCUUAGACUGUUACCACAUCUUCUGUGCGCGCUGCCUACGAGGCAGAGUCAAUGAAAGCCGUCUCAACUGCCCCCUCUGCGGAUACCCAUCAAUUGUAAAAGGGAUGAAUGCACUCCCACCAGAGGACCGUCUGCUGAAGUUCCUGGUUGAUAACUCUACUGAUGACUGUGAAGAGACAGUCCAGUGUGCCAACUGUGACCAAGAGAGUAACAAACAGGACACAGGGCCAAUGUACUACUGUAACACGUGUAGCCAGCCCCUGUGUGGAGCUUGCAGGGAUUCCACACACAAGGCCAAGAUGUUCUCCCACCAUGAGAUCGUGUUCCUGGCCAAACGCACCAAAGUGGGCCACCGGAUGUGCUCUCUCCACGAGGAGCCCUACAUCAUGUUCUCCACAGAGAAGAAGUCGAUGCUCUGCAUCAAGUGUUUCAGAGACAUGCAAGUGGAGAGCCGGACACACUGCAUCGAUAUUGAGACAGCAUACAUGCAAGGCUGUGAGAUACUAGACCAGGCAGUGCUGGCAGUGAAGGAGCUGCAGACAUCGGCCCGUGAGGCUAUUAUCAUGCUGAGGGCCAUGAUAGGGGAGGUGUGCUCCAAUAUGGAGGAAGAGGAGAAUGCAAUCUGCAACCUCUUCAACAGUAUGCAGGAAAGACUGGCUGAGAGGAAGAACAUUCUGUUGCGAGCGGCUCAAAGCCAACAUGAAGAAAAGGAGAAGGUGCUAAAGGAGCAGCUCUCACACCUUGCUGCCCUCCUGCCAACCCUGCAGGUUCACCUGGUCACCUGCUCAGCCUUUCUCAGCUCAGCCAACAAGUUUGAGUUUCUGGACAUGGGAUAUCAACUCAUGGAAAGGCUGAGGAGGAUUGUGAAGCUUCCUCAUCGACUGGGACCAGUGCAAAGCAGCAAAAUUAACACAGACUACAGGGGUGAGUUUGCUCGCUGUCUCGAGCCUCUACUGCUGCUGGGACAGCGCCGCCCAGCCUCCAUUACCGGAGCAACUAGUAUUGCAGCCCUGCUCCAUUCCCCCCUCUCCAUGUCGUGCCGCUCCCCAUCCCUCAGUGACAUGCCCCUGGGCUCGGCCGCGGGGAGAAAGCCCACCUCCCACCGCUACAUCUGCACCAAGGUCCUCCUGGCAGAGGGGGGUGACACACCCUUCACUGAGCACUGCCGAAACUAUGAGAACAGUUACAGGACCCUCCAGACUGAGAUCCAGAACCUGAAGGACCAGGUACAGGAGCUACACAGGGACCUGACCAAGCACCACUCCCUCAUCAACACAGACACCAUGGGGGAGAUCCUGGACCGCUCCCUGCACAUCGACGGACAGAUCACCUCCCAGUACUCCUCUGUGGAGACCAUGAGGGCUCUGUUUGAAGAGAUUUGGGAGGAGACCUUUCAGAGGGUCACUAAUGAGCAGGAGAUCUAUGAAGCACAGCUCCAUGACCUGCAGCAGCUGAAGCAGGAGAACUCGUACCUGACCACCAUCGCCCGACAGAUUGGACCAUACAUCCUGUCUAUCGCCAAGGUUAAGGAGCGCCUAGAACCCAGAUUUCAGGAGCUCAAAGAGCUUCAUGAUGACCGCACAGAAACCAUGCUGAAAAUCUAUGAGGACACCUCUAUGGCCAUGGACACACAACACAGUGAAGACCACACCUGUCUCACUAACAGUGACUGGGAAAGGAACACGGACAACCGUUCCCUCAUCAUACAGUCUGAUGAGGCUUCCAUCAAGACCAACGACUACCAUUGGCCAGGAAGGCAGACAGCCAAUCACAAUGAGAUGCCAUUAUAAACCAGCAUGUUCCACUGCCCCCUCCCCCCCCGUUUCCUUUGUGGCCCCCAGCUCAACACAACAGGACAGGGACAGCAUGUGACCUUCUCCUCUGUUCAGAUAGCCGCUCCUGACAUUUCAUGGUGACAUUUCUUGGCAGGGAGGUGUUGUCAUCAGCUCAGAGGUGAGUCCUUAGACAAACAUGUCUCAGAGGACUCCACUGACACUCACUGGACUCAAUGACUCACUAAUUGGAGUCAAUGGACUCACUGAGAGGGGGGUGAAUCUCCUCCAAUCCCACUCGACAAUGUGAAAAGAUCAAUCUGAUGGACCAGUAGACCAUCACCUCAUUAUGGACUGAAUGGAUGGAGGAUCUGGAGCUUUAUGCUGAGGAAGUGACUGUGACUACCAUGUCUCAAUCAACGAUGCAUGGUUUAGACCUGCAAUAACAUAUAGAGGGAGAGUGCUUCCUCAGUCGAUAUUUUUUUUAAUGGUCAUACAGUGGGGGAAAAAGUAUUUAG